AUGCCUCAAGGAACCCUAGAUGUUCAACUUAUCAAUGCCAAGGGUCUAAAGAACACAGAGUUCUUUGGUAAGAUGGACCCGUACGUCAUCCUCCGGUGCAAAAACCAGGAGAAAAGGAGCAAAGUGGCAGCAUCGCAGGGGACUAAAUCAGAAUGGAAUGAGAAGUUUGUUUUCCGAGUAACUGAGGGUAUUACUGAACUCAAAUUGACGAUCAUGGAUAAGGACACGGGUACCAGAGAUGAUUUUGUAGGAGAAUUAAGCAUUCCACUAAAAACAUUGUUCCAAGAAGGAAAAUUCCCACCAAUGAAAUACAAUGUAUUAAGGAACAAUAAGUACCACGGAGAGAUUAAAGUUGGCCUUAGCUUCACUCCUUUUUCAAAGAGGAAGGUUAGGGAUACCAAGGAGGAGACUGUUACUCUUGGACCUGCUGUCCGUGACAGAGAGCAUCAUGUGACUGAUUUUUCUGGGAGGGAAACUCUGGUUCGCAUCAUUGGUAUUGUUUCCCACUCCUCUGUUUGUUUAUAA